AUGAUGUGGUCCAACUUCUUCCUUCAGGAGGAGGAGAGGCGGCGGCGGCGGCGGCGGGGCAGCGGUGGGGGGCUCCGGGGGGCGCGGUGGAAGCGGGGCCCGGGCCUGGGCCCGGCCCGCCGGGGCCCGCUCCAGCUGGCCCUGCUGCUGGCGGCCGUGGGGACCACCCUGGCCGUGCUGGCCGUGGGCACCGAGUUCUGGGUGGAGCUGAGCCCCCCCCGGCCCAACGGCAGCUCCGUCUGCCAGGCCGCGCACCUCGGGCUCUGGAAGGUCUGUGCCAAGCGGCUGUGGCUGCAGGACGUGCCCCCCGGCCGGCCCACCUGCGGCCCUGCCCAGCUGCCUGGAGAAGCCAACUGCUCCUAUUUCAAGUUCUUCACCACUGGGGAGAAUGCUCACAUCUUCCAGAGGACAACCAAGAAAGAGCUGAACCUGGCAGCGGCAGUGCUGGCAGUGCUGGGGCUGGGGGUGAUGACAUUGGGCUGCCUCUGUGUCAUCAUGGUGCUCAGCAAGGGGGACGAGUUCCUCCUCAAACCCGCGGCCGUCUGCUUCAGUCUUGCCGGUGUGCUGCUGCUCGUGAGCCUGGAAGUGUUCCGGCACGCAGUUAGGGGACUGCUGGAGGGGGCGACCCCCACCGCGGCGCCGGCCCUGGAGUAUGAGUACUCGUGGUCUGUGGCCUGUGCCCUGGCAGCCGGGACUGUGCUGCUCCUGGGGGGCGGCUGCUUCCUGCUCCUCGCCCUGCCCCCCCGGCCCUGGAAGGCCCCGUGCCUUCAGCGGGGGGAUGGGGACACCUAACUCUUCCCCACCCAUGGUCCCGGGGCAGCGUCCCCCAGAAACUGCCCCUUCUUCUUCUUCCUCCUUCUUCUCCGCGAGUC